AUGAUUGCUUCGGUGUUGCAGGCUAAAAGAGGGCCUCCCAAUGGAUGUUACACGUUUUCCAGUCGUCCCCACGCCGCUCUCAGCCUCCUCAGGCACACGGAUCCUGCCAUGCUGGAAAAUGAAGGACGACCAGGCUAUGGAAACAUUAUGUAUGAUCGACGUGUUGUUAGAGGAAAUACCUAUGCACAACAUCUGCCAGUCACAUCUCAGCCUGACCGAGUUGAGAUCCAACAGCAGCAAGAAGCAAUACGACGAGUCAGAGCAAGAAAGGGGACAAAAGACAAGUUUCAGACCAGAAGUUCUGAUCAACUUGAGGAGAGAAAGCACAUCGAUGUUCAGACUGAAUUAUACUUGGAGGAGCUGAGUGAUCAUUUUGAGAAUACCAGCGUGGAAUGCCAGACAGAUGCUUUUCUAGACAAGCCAGCCACACCUCUCUUUAUUCCUGCCAAGUCUGGCAAAGAUGCAGCGACACAGAUAGAAGAAGGAGAGUUGUUUGACUUUGAUCUGGAGGUGCAACCAGUGUUGCAGGUGUUAGUGGGAAAGACCAUGGAGCAGGCUUUGCUGGAAGUACUGGAGGAGGAAGAGCUGGCUUGGUUGAGGGCUCAACAGCGUGCUUUCCAGGAAUUGCGUAAUGCUGAAUUAGUGGAAGUUCAGCGAAUGGAGGAGCAGGAGAGGCGCCACAGGGAGGAGAAGGAACGGCGAAUUAAGCAGCAAAGGUUGAUCUUGAAGAAGGAAAGAGAAACCGCAGAGAAAAUUGCUGCAAGGACAUUCACUCAGCAUUAUCUUGCUGACCUGAUUCCCUCAGUCUAUGCAAAUCUGAGAGACCAUGGAUAUUUCUAUGACCCAAUGCACAGAGAUGUUGAGACUGGAUUCCUACCCUGGCUGAAUGCAGAAGUCAUCAACACUUUGGAAAAGCAACAUGCUGUACGAACAGUGCUUGAUAUGCUCAUCCAAGACGUGGCCAACCACACACAGGAAGUCUUUCAGAGUGACAGCUGCAAAUGA